AUGCGUGUGCACGACGAGUACCAGUACCUGAACCUCAUCCGCUCUGUGCUCGACUCCGGCGAUGUUCGCCCAGACCGCACAGGCACCGGUACUGUCUCCCUCUUCGCCCCUCCCAACCUCCGCUUCUCCCUCGCCGACAACACCCUUCCUCUCCUCACUACCAAGCGCACCUUUCUUCGCGGAAUCGUAGAGGAGCUCCUCUGGUUUGUUCGCGGGUCCACAGACUCGAAGCUUCUCUCAGCCAAGGGCAUCAAAAUCUGGGAUGGCAACGGCUCCAAGGACUUCCUUGACAAGCGCGGCUUAGCUCACCGACGUGAGGGUGACCUCGGCCCCGUCUACGGCUUCCAAUGGCGGCACUUUGGAGCCAAGUACGAGAGCUGCGAUGCAGACUACACCGGAAAGGGCGUCGAUCAGCUUCAGGAGUGUAUCCGCAAGAUCAAGAACGACCCUACAGACCGCCGUAUCAUCCUCAGCGCCUGGAACCCCGCAGAUAUACCCGAGAUGGCUCUUCCACCAUGCCACAUGAUGUGCCAGUUCUACGUCCAUCUCCCUCCCCCCGACCACCCCGACGCCAAGCCCAAGCUCUCCUGCCUCAUGUACCAGCGUUCCGCCGACCUCGGCCUCGGCAUCCCCUUCAAUAUCGCUUCCUACGCCCUCCUCACACACAUGGUCGCUCAUGUCACCCGUACCGAGCCCCAUGAACUCAUCAUCCAGCUUGGCGAUGCCCACGUCUACCGUGACCACAUCGACGCCCUCCGCACUCAGCUCGAGCGCGAACCCCGCCCAUUCCCCAAGCUCAGGUGGUCGAGGAACGUGCAAAACAUCGAUGACUUCACAUCAGAGGACAUCAUCGUCGAGGGCUAUGAUCCCCACCCGAGCAUCCCCAUGAAGAUGAGCGUUUGA